UCACUUCAACAUUUAAGUUUAAUUUGUCAAAAUAUUUUCGUCGCUUUAAAACCGCGACCUGUUCACUGACAAAAGACAACUCAAUAACAAAAACUCUUGUGAUGAGCAGAAAAUUUAUCUGCAUAAACAUUUUCCGUGCGUGUAAAGGAGGUCCAGGGCAAUAAAACUGAACUAAAGCAAAUUAUAUUCACAAGCAUUUCUGAGCUGUUAGUAAUUUGUGGAGGGUUAAAAUGGAAGAUGUUCCUCUCUUAGACACUUCCAAAACAGCUGUUUUUACCAAUAUGGACCAAGUCGGACAGACACGUAGUGAUGAGAAACCUUCACAUAGUGACAUAGUUAUUAAAGAACGACCAUUACAGGUUCAUAUUCCUAAACAUUCUUGUGGGACUUGUGGGGAGACUUUCUCUUCAGAAAAUGAAGUUUUAACGCACAAAGAAUCACUCCACAAGGUAAGACUCUUCCAUUGUGAAAUCUGCGGGAAAUAUUUUGCCUUUAAAAGUUAUUUAAUAAAACAUAGAAGAGUGCACACUGGAGAAAGACCGUAUCAUUGCGAGAUAUGCGGGAAGUGUUUCACUCAGAAUUCUUAUCUUGUUACCCACAUACGUAGUCAUACUGGGGAGAAACCGUUUUACUGUGAAAUAUGUAAGAAAUCAUUUGUUUCGAAGUUUGUCUUAAAAAAGCACAAAAUCAUACACGCUGAAGAAAAACCCUUCCACUGUGAAAUCUGUGGAAAAUAUUUCGUUUCCAAGUGUAAAUUAACAAGACACAAAGGCGUACACAUUGGUGAGAAGCCAUAUCCUUGUGAAGUAUGCGGAAAAUCGUUCGUGUAUAAUAGCGAUUUGAAUAGACACAAACGAAUCCACUCUGGAGAGAAACCUUUCCAUUGUGAAAUCUGUGGAAAAGCCUUUGCGGAUAAUUCUAAUCUUACAGUUCACAAAAAAAUACACACGGGAGAAAAAUUGUUUUCCUGUGAAAUAUGCGGAAAGUCUUUUAUUCAGAGUUCGAAGCUUACAAUCCAUACGCGAAGUCACACCGGAGAAAGACUGUUUCGUUGUAAAUUAUGCGGAAAAUUUUAUGCUUCUAACUGUGUCUUAACAAAGCACAAACGAAUCCACUCUGGAGAGAAACCAUUUCAUUGUGUAAUCUGCGGAAAGUCAUUUGUGUCCAACAGUGAUUUAACCCGACACAAGAGGGUCCAUACUGGAGAGAAACCAUAUCAGUGUCAAAUAUGUGGGAAGUCAUACACUCAGAAUUCGAGUCUUGUGGCCCACAAACGAGAUCACACUGGAGAGAAACCGUAUUAUUGUAAAAUAUGUGGGGAAGGUUUUGUAUAUAAUAAUCUUUUAAAGAGACACGAGCGGAAGCAUAGCAUUUAAUUGUGACUGGUGACGAAAAACGGAUCAUCUAUCGAAAUGUUAAACAUCAUAAACAGUAGCUUGGUAAAAGGGAAAAAGCUCAAUCACAACCGAGAAGGGAACUUUAUGGGGGAAAAGGUUCUCUCUAUCUGGUGGGAUUGCAAAGGAGUAAUUCACAUUGAAUUGUUAACACCUAAUGCAGUGCUUUUCAAACUUUUUGCUGGAGCGGAACCCCAAGGAAACAUUCCACUGGCUCGAGGAACCCCUGUGCUAUAAUUUAAUAGUUUUAUGCACACAUAUC